AAGUUACUGAGAGAGUCCAAUGAAUUUAAUGCAGAGGCCAAAAAAAAGAAAUAACAUACUACCAAAUAUAGAAUGAUAAUAUUUGAGGCUAUGUCGUUGCACCAUAGAGAUUCAAAAAGUGAAAGAGCAAAACUCAGGGAGACAAACACUCCUCACAGAACUACUUAGGCAUGCCUAGUCUUGAAAUUGAUACCAAACCAAAGGCACAUUCCACCUACCUAUACCUUACCUAGACAAAAAGCUUCAACUUCAGAACACUCUUUUUUUGUCAUGUCUGAACCUGCAGCACCCACUUUCAAACCUGUGCUAGUUUGAGUUGGAGUGAGAGUGACUUGAACCAACAUUUACAACAACAUUCCACUCUGCUGAAUUAUUUUCUAACUAGAAUUCAUGGCCUCAACAGCUGAGCCACUUCCUUAUAGCUCAAGAAGAAGAGAUGAGUCAGAGUUCAAUUUGAGAGAAUGGGCAGUGAAAGCUCGAAUCAGCCGCGAGGGAACCAACUCCAGAAGGUACUCAGGAUCUUACAUGAGAAGCUUUAGAGAAGACACAAGAUCAUUUAGAUCAAACAUAACCAUUUCUAGCACUGCUUCUUCACCCGGAUACCUCUUAAAAGAUGAAAUAGACCCUUCAACAUAUUCUUUCACUACUGCUCUUAAAGCAUUGCAAGCAAGGUCAAGCUAUAACAGUUGGGAAUGCUUAUCUCCAGAUGGUUUUGCUUUAAAUUCAAAGUGGAACGAAGCAGAAAGGUAUAUAUGCAACCCUCUCUCAGGGGAGGUACCAUUGGAGUGUUUAUCUGCAAAAACUCUUAGUGGAAGAUCUUUUAGAAACUCAAUAAACAGAAUUGCCAUGUCUGCUCCUCUAGUUUAUUCCUCAAAGCACAUUCCAACAAAGCCAGCAACUUUCACACAAGAAGAAGUGGCUCUUCAAUUUCCCAAUCCAGAAAAGAAGAAAGAGGGAAUGACAAGAGAUGUUGGUACUCAAAGUACACCUCCUUAUAUUAGUUCAACCAGUCCCAGCCCUGCUUCAACUCCAUCCAUCACAGAGAGAUCAAAACCUCUAGUUUCUGACUCGCCUAACUCAAAUGCAAAAACAAAAUCCGAGGAAGAGGUGGAAGAGAAAGAUAAGGAAACAUGGGAGACAAAAGAAACAGAAAGAGAAAAGAAGGUGUGGAGGAAGCAAGAGGAGCAACUUUGCAAACUAAGUGGGUGCUUUUCGUGGAUGAGAAAAAAAAAGGCAGAGAGAGAGAAAGAAAGACAAAGAAGGAAUAACAUCUUUCUCACUCACUUCAAAGGUAGCAAAAGAUAAAGAGAGGCUGAAAAAAUGAUAAAGGGUGUACGUGCAUGCUGGUUGAGAUUCUCUUUGACACACACACACACAUGCAAUUUUAACAGUGCUUUACUGAAAAUAGAAUAGUUAAGAGCCAUGGCAAAUUACAAAUUGCAAUUAUGAAGGGGAUAGACUAUGGUGUGUGUGUCGCUCUCUCUCUCUCGUGGUCCAUUUUUUUGUGUUUUAUGUAAAAUGGUAUAUAAGUGAUGGCAUGUUGUGUUCUUGUGGUGAAAUUUGGCUGACAGCUUGGGCUUCACGUGCAUGCCUUGUUUCUGCAUUUUGAAUCCGUAGGUUCUUAUCCCUUUUGGUCUUACAGGUCAAUUGGAUAUUUACUAGUUUGUU